CGGCGGCAGCGGCGGGCGGCGGCGCUAAGGCCCCGCGGCGGCGGCGGUGGCGCUGCCGUGUUGACAGCGGCGGCCGCGCCGGGAGCUGCCCCGGGAAGCGGGUUGGCGGCGCCGGUUGUCCGCUCCCAGCUCCGCUAUGGCCUUCAUGGAGAAGCCGCCGGCCGGCAAGGUGCUGCUGGACGACACGGUGCCGCUGACAGCGCAGAUCGAGGCGAGCCAGAGCCUGCACUCGCACACGGAAUACAUAAUCCGUGUCCAGAGAGGAGUUUCAACAGAGAACAGUUGGCAGAUUGUGAGGCGAUAUAGUGACUUUGACUUGUUGAAUAAUAGCCUGCAGAUCUCAACUCUAAGUCUACCUCUUCCUCCAAAAAAGUUGAUUGGAAAUAUGGAGCGUGAAUUCAUCGCUGAAAGACAGAAGGGACUCCAGGCCUACCUGGAUGUAAUCACUACCCAUCACAUACUGUCCAACUGUGAACUGGUAAAGAAAUUCUUGGACCCAAACAGCUAUUCUGUAAAUUACACUGAAAUUGCCUUACAGCACGUUUCAAUGUUCUUCCGAUCAGAGCCAAAGUGGGAAGUAGUUGAACCAUUAAAAGAUAUUGGCUGGCGAAUACGUAAGAAAUAUUUCUUAAUGAAAAUUAAGAAUCAACCAAAGGAACGGCUAGUGUUAAGCUGGGCUGAUCUUGGCCCUGAUAAAUACUUGUCUGACAGAGACUUACAGUAUGCUGUGAAACUUCUUUCUUCCUGUUCUCAUCCCUAUAUUUACAAAAUCACUUUUGCUACUGCCAACGAAUCUUCAGCGCUGGUUAUUAGACCCUUCAGUGAAAAAGGGACACUAAAGGACCUUAUUUAUAAGGCAAAGCCAAAAGACCCAUUCCUGAAGAAGUAUUGCAAUCCUAAAAAAAUUCAAGGUCUUGAACUUCAGCAAAUAAAAACAUAUGGAAGGCAAAUAUUAGAGGUAUUAAAAUUCCUCCAUGAGAAAGGAUUUCCUUAUGGCCAUCUUCACUCUGCCAAUGUGAUGCUGGAUGGGGAUACCUGCAAGUUACUGGAUCUAGAAAAUUCCUUGUUGGGACUUCCAUCAUUUUAUCGAUCAUACUUUUCCCAGUUUCGGAAAAUUAAUACUUUAGAGGGCGUUGAUGUUCAUUGCUUUGGACACUUACUGUACGAAAUGACCUAUGGGAGACCUCCAGACACGAUUCCAGUGGAGAGCUUCCCCCCUGCUCCAUCAGUGUUUGUUGUGUCAGUGUUGGAGUCCAUUCUGACUUGUGAAGCUCUGAAGAAUGGGAUGCCAACUGUCUCACGGCUCUUACAGAUGCCAUUAUUCAGUGAUGUCCUGCUAACAAACUCUGAGAAACCACAGUUUAAGAUUCCUACUAAGCUAAAAGAGGCACUGAAAAUCUCCAAGGAAUGCAUAGAAAAGCGAUUAACAGAAGAACAGAAAUUGAUUCACCAGCACAGAAGGCUGACAAGAGCUCAAUCUCAUCAUGGCUCUGAAGAAGAAAAAAAGAAAAGGAAGAUCUUGGCACGAAAAAAGUCAAAACGCUCUGCCAAUGAAAGUGGGGAAGAACACUCAGCCAAAUACAGCAACUCAAAUAACUCAGCAGGCUCUGGGGCGAGUUCCCCUUUAACAUCUCCAUCAUCCCCCACUCCGCCCUCCACAGCAGGAGCAUCGUCCAUACCCCCAGCGCCGCCCCCGCCGCCCCCGCCACCAGCAGCUCCCCCCCCGAGCACAGAGGCGCCCACGGCGCGGCCCGACGUCAGCGCAAGCCGCGGAGCCUUGCUCAGCUCCAUCCAAAACUUUCAGAAAGGAACUCUGAAGAAAACACAGACGUGCGACUACAGUGCUCCCAGGAUCAGCUGAGGCCACUGCGCACGCCAGGAUUCAAUUCCCUCUCCCCCUCCUGUGCUGACCCUCCUGACCAGCAACUGACCCACCAGCACACAGCAGCUGCAGCUCCCUUCUCCCUGGUUUCAGCUUUCCUGAGCAGCAGCACUGCCCUGCCCGAGCUGCUCUGCCCUGCUGGGAUAAGUACUCCGGUCUUUACUUGGCUGCAGGAACUGUGUUCUCUAGCUACAGCUUCAGGGGUACAGCAACUCCUAUAUAGCUGAAUAAAAAAAUCUGAAAAUAGGAAUGACCACGAUGAUGCUAAAUUAAUGCAUUCCUCCUAGCUCCAUUCCACCCCAUUGCCCAAAUUACAGGAAUGUAGUUUUAGUCUGCUCAGUUUUUCAGCUCUUUUCGUGCACUUGUAACUCAUCUUAAUUCUCGCUGUAUGGAGUCAACAAUUUGUUUUACAGAAUCCAACCCUUAAAACAUACCGCACAGGUGAGGGAACUGGAGAAUUAAAUCUUAUUCCCACCAUGUUUUGCUGGUGGAUUAAAAUGCUGUCUGAUGAAACUUGUUUAAAUGGACAUCCUACCUGCAACUCUAGGGGAAAGUUUUUAAAUGAGGAAGCAGUUGAAGUGGGAGGUUAUAGGGCACUGGGAUGUUAUUGUUGAUUUAAUUAAAUGAAAAGUUACUUCAAGUUAAUUCUAUCAUUUAAACUUUAUUGAAAGAUCCUUUUUGAUUUAAAACCUUAAACAAAUUGCACUUUAAAGGAUUAUAGAUAAUCCAUUUUUUUAAAUUCAAGUACAUCAGUGUUUGUUACUAUGCAGAGAAUGUCUGUACAAAGUUUCAUGUAACCUGUGAUAUUCAGUCAUUUUUAUUAAAAUGUUAAUGGAAUUCCUUCAGCAGCAUGUGGUGGGUAUGUUCCAGUGGGAUUCAACCUCCAAGCCAGAGCUCCCAAGAACUGAACAGCACCUCUGCUAAAGGAAAUACCCUGGGGAGUAUUCCUGGCUCUGCAGAAACAGGAGCCAAGCUCUUCUGUCUGCUUACAGAAGAUGCUCUCCCCCCAUUUACCUGAGGGGCAGAACAGACCCUGCUGCACAGGCUCCUCAAGGCAGCUUUCCCUCUGGCCCAGCAGCUGCUGAGGGAAGCCUGGCAGAGCUCCCUGGGCUGCAGUGACCUCCUAAAGGCUGCUCUGAAUGUGUACCAGCUCUUCAUACACAGUCCACACACCUGCUGCUUAAGCUCAGUGCAGCUGAAUAAACUAACUCAUUUUGCACUGCAAGAACUAUAGUAAGAGUGUGCUGUUGUCAGCCCAGGUGGGGAGUUAAAAAAAA